CCAAGUCCCCCAAAUUCAUCUGAAAAGAAACAAACCCUAGAAAAGUUGAGAAGGUUGUUCCUUCUUCUUCUUCCUCUCAUCCUCCAUACGUUUUCUGUAAAAAGAAGUUUGAAAUGGCUACUUUCCAAGAAGCUCCACCUGGUGAUGUUAAGGCUGGGGAAAAGAUCUUCAAGACUAAGUGCGCUCAGUGCCAUACGGUUGAGAAAGGAUCUGGUCACAAACAAGGGCCUAACCUGAAUGGUCUGUUCGGAAGGCAGUCUGGAACAACUGCUGGUUACUCUUACUCAGCUGCUAACAAGAACAAGGCUGUGAACUGGGAAGAGAAUACACUUUAUGAUUACUUGCUUAACCCCAAAAAGUACAUUCCUGGAACAAAGAUGGUUUUCCCAGGGCUGAAGAAGCCUCAGGAGCGAGCCGACCUUAUUGCUUACCUGAAGCAAUCAACUGCCUAAUCCUUUUACUGCCCUUUUGAAUUCAUUUUGGAGACACUUUUGAGGUGUGAUAUGAUCGGAUAGCAACAAAUUUUUUCUUAAAUAAACCCUUUUUUAGGUUUUUAUUGCUGUUUCUUUUCAAAUAGUACAGGGAGUAGGGAUAUUACUCUCUUUUGAAAAGCAAAAACACCAUUUUGGGGAACAGAAAUUGUAACAAAUUUUAUGGAGGCAUAUUUCAUCAACAUUCGAUGGGAAAAAGCACUGUCAUUCUUGACUAUAUCUGUUGGUUCAUAUAUUUGAUACAUCUGUUGUUUGUUGGA